UGUAGGAAUACCGGAUGCCUUCUCAAAAAGACAAAAAAAAAUAAACAAAACACUGAAAAAGUGUGAGUCACCAGCUCAGUAUUUAGAAAGACUCAGAGAAGGAAUGAGGAAGUAUUCAGGGGCCGACUCUGAUAGACCAGAGAAUGAACAGAUAUUGAAAGUACAGUUUGUAUCCAAUUCCUGGCCAGAUAUUAAUAAGAAAAUACAAAAGAUUGAGAGGUGGAUGCAGUUCCUUUAAGAACCCUUCUGAAAAAAGCCACCAAGGUGUAUGUAAGAAGGGAUGAGGAGAAGGAAAAACAGAGAGAUAGAAGAAUUAAGAUGUUGUUGCAGACAACACAGCAGAAUGCUAAUAAGGAAAAAGAGAAUAUUGCAGUGAUUCACGUACAAGGACAUCAGAGAAGAAAUUCAUUUGCGGCUAGGGGAAACCACCUUGUGGAUGAGGAAGCAAAAUGGGCUGGAGAAGAGGAAUCUGUAAGUACAGAGGAAAUGAUGGUGCUAAUUCCAGCAUUUCCACCUCAAUUGCCUCCACCUUCCCUUACUCUGGAAGAGAAGAAAAAGAUUCAGAGCCUUGGUGCUCAGGAGGAUAAAGAGGGGCAUUGGUUCCUACCUGAUGGCAGAGAGGUACUGACCACAGCAGGUAUGAGAUAUGUACUUCAACAUUUACAUCAAGGCAAUCAUUGGGAUGUCCAGGAUCUGUGUGAUGCGGUGCUAACCAACUUUGUACCACCUGGCCUGUACACAAUAGUGCGGCAGCUUGUUAGGGGUUGUCUUAUUUGUCAAAGGACAAAUAGAGCAGUCCAACAACAAGUCCGAAAAAGGGGAAGGCCCCCUGGCAUCAGAUCUUUUCAGAGCAUACAGAUGGACUUCACCAAACUGCCAUGUGUGGAGCAUCUCAAAUACUUAUUAGUCAUAGUGGACCAUCUGACCUCAUGGGUGGAGAGGCCUUUCCCCUUGCCUGGGCAACAGCUUCAGUGGUUGUAAAAAUGCUUCUUGAACACAUCAUUCUGAGGUAUGGGUUAGUGGAGUGAAUACAUUCGGACCAAGGCACUCAUUUCACUGCCAGAGUCCUUGGAUCUAUAGCCCAAGCUCUAGAAAUAUCUUGGGAUUUACAUACCCCAUGGCAUCCACCCUCAUCAGGCAAGGUGGAGAGGAUGAAUCAGGAAAUUAAAUGGCAACUAACCAAAUUGGCCUUAGAGAGACAAUUGCCCUGUACUAAGUACCUUCCCCUUGCCUUGUCUUAACAAGAUUAGAACAAAACCUUGAAGGGAUGUGGGGUUAUCACCCUAUGAGUUAUUAUAUGGUCACUCUUAUCCUAGGGAAAUGCAAAACCCCUCCUUAGACUCAAUAUUUGAAACUAAGGACUUGUUUUUGAGAAAAUAUGUUAUGUAUUUAUUGCAACAUUUGAAAACUUUACAAUUGAAAUGGAUUAUUGCUCAGACUCUUCCCUUAAGGUUUGCAGUGCAUAAGUUCCAGCUGGAGACUGGGUCCUACUUUGGCCAUGGAAGGAGGAUAAGCUGACACCAACUUGGGAAGGACCAUUCUAAAUCAUCUUAACAUCAUACACAGCAGUUGGUAAUAAAGAGAGAGGAUGGACCCAUGAUACCAGAAUUAAAGGACCAGUAGAUGCUCUAAGGGUGUGGACCUUGAAGUUGAAUCCAGAGGACCAGUUAAAGCAAACAUUAAAAUGGAACUGAUGAAUUGUGCAUGUAAGAUCUUAAUAGUAGUACUGAUCUCUGGGGUACUUUAUUGGGGCUUUUUCUAACAGUGUUAGAUAUUAUUUUCUAUUGGACAGUGUUACUUCAACUUAGAAAUUUGACUUAUUAUUUGGUAGAAUGGGGACCAAACAAAACACACACAGAAGGGGACUGUGCUUUCUAUCUCUAUGUAUAAUACUACCCCUUGCUGACACAUUACCUAAUCCUUUACUGAAGGAAGGCAAUAGCUUCCAGAACUUGAUCCAGGUUAUUGCUGAUACAUUUUAUCUCGAAAAUUGCUGGAUAUGUAGGGAGCCUGAACAACUCACACGAUGGCCCUGGGUACCUGUCCCUUUAUCUCCAUCUUGAAUAUUGAGUAAUACAUCAGUUGUACAUGAUGGUAGAGGAUUUUGGUCAGAUCAGGAGAAACACCAGUGCAAACUAGCUAAUGCUGUUCCAGAGGACAUUGUUUAAAUCAAACAGGCACAGGGCCAUUGGAUGAGAGAAGUAAAUGUGAAUGGACUUUUUUUACCCACUGACCAGAGAAGGUAGAUAUUACAGAUUGUAGUAAAUAUAAAAAUAGGAUGAAAUAAAACAACUAUUGUUUGUGAUGAUGGGUCAGUGGUUAAACAUACUUGUCAACAUGCAAUAGAGGUUAAUGAAGAAUGCUUGAAGGAAUUUAAAAAGAAGCCAACUUGUCAAACACCCCGAGAUUUAUGGAGAUGUUUAAGGUUAAAUAGUACAAAGCCAGGUACUGCUAGCACUGUAAUGGGAUGGAAGUGGGAAAGUGGAAAUGGCACUAUUAGAAGAAUGUUUGGUAACUUUUGGACUAAUAUAGACUUUAUUGGGGAAAAUGACUAUAAUUGCACUUGGAUGAUUGAAAAACAACUUUGGAGGUGUAAUUCAAAACCCUUGAAAGGGGGGCUCUUAGGCUCAUAGGAUGUUAAAUAUUUCUCGCCCUCAACAGGAGUUUUUAUCUUCUGGCAUGAGAAAAUCCCAGCUUUAAGAGGACACUAUUGAAUUUGUGGUCAAAUGGCUUACACUCAUCUUCCAAAGAAUUGGACUGAGAGUUGUUAUAUAGGUACAAUAAGGCCUAAGUUUUUCUUCCUCUCAAAAGAUAGCGACAAACAACUAGGAAUAUGACUAUAUGAUAAUCUAAGAAGAGAAGAACAAGGCUUAGAUCGUUCUCUAGUACAGACACUUCUUUGACUCAAACAGGUGAUGCUAAUGGAUGGGGCGAUACAUGGCCCCCAGAAAGAAUCAUCAAAGAAUACGGGCUCAGGAUGGAAGUUGGGGAUAUAGAACACCAACAUAUAUAUUGAACAGAUUAAUUACACUACAAGCAGUCCUGGAAAUAACAACUAACCAGAUUGCUCAAGCUCUUGAUUUGCUAGCUGAUCAAGCCACUCAAACACAAGAGGCUGUUUUACAGCAUCAACUAAUUUUAGAUUAUUUGCUAGUAGAGGAAGGAGGGGUCUGUGGAAAAUUAAACUUGUCCACUUGUUGUAUGCAAAAUCAAUGAUAAUGGGCAAGUGGUAAAAGAAAUUACUAAGGGCAUUCGCAGAAUAGUCCAUGUGCCUAUACAGAUGUGGAAAUCCCCUUUCUCUAAUAGUUGGUGGUCCUGGUUUAAUGGUAGCUGGUGGAAACAACUUUUAUCGGUAUGGACUAAUUUACCCGGUACGAUUAUAUUAAUAACCAGAAUAGUCCAAUGAUCCCUAUCAAAAUUAUUGCAUCCAGAAGAUGAUGUUAAAUUGACGAUUCUCCAAAGGAAAGGCUGGAGGGUACUGGAAAGGGAUGAUUCUGAGAGUGAACUUGAUAAACAAUGUGUAAACCUGUUAACUGAUUUUGAGCAAUGUGUAAGUUCUUCAUAGAAAAUAUGAUAAAAAUCAUUUACAUAUUAGAAGGGGGGAGUUGUGUGUAGUGGAGAUAAAAUAAAGAACUUCCAGGAAUGUUUAAAUUCCUUUUCUAUAUUUUAUUUUUCAUUAUUUCUAUGUCUCUGUGACCUGCAUAAAUAUGUUGAGUAUUAGCCAAUGUUAACUUAAACUCUAGAUAUAUUUACUUAACCUAAAAUGAUGACAUUUAUCACUGUUCAAUGUUAUCAAUAUUUAGACUAUGAGUUAAAUGCUGUUAGCCUGGUAAUCUGAACUUGAAGGUCUGAUGUAUAGUUCCUCUCGGAACCAGGGAAUCUGAAAGCAUUCUGUUCUAAUCUAUUUUUGGCACCAAUGUCUAACAUUCAAUUAAGGGUAGAGGGCACCUAUUUUUUAAUGCUCCCCAACCCAUGAUGUAGUCCUUUGUAAUUAAACUAUAAAAACUGUAUAUCUUUCCUAAUUCUUUAGCCCUUCUACCAUGAGCUUUCUCUCUUUCCCUCCUCACGGUGGAAUUGCUCAUUAUCAUGAGAAUCUAUUAAUAAACAACUUUUCUGCUUUUUAGUUCAAGAA